CAUACUCCCCAGUUCUGCUGCGUAUCGCGCGGUUUCCAGCGGAGCUCCGUGCUGCUGCAGACCUGCUGGAUGUGUGUGUGCGAGUGUGUGUGAAUGUGUGUGUGUGCGCGCGCCUCGUCCUCGCGCUGGAUACAGAAAACACACACACCUUCAAAAACCUGCGUGCGCGCGCCUGUUAGUCAUGAAUUACACCUGAGCAUGUAGUUGACCGGGUUCCUGGGCGUGGGAAGGACGCGGAGAGCCGCCUCGUCUACUUGUUUGUGGGAAUAUUGUUGGACUAAACUUCAGCAGGCGGAACACUGGUGCUGAUCCGGCUCAAGUUCCGACCCCGACCCGAGUGGUUCUCUCACACCAGGAUGUAAAUCUGGGGAACUUUUUUCCUUUUUUUUUCUUUUUCAUACAUUGAGGACUAGUUUUAUUUCACAACUUUUCAUUUUGCGGAUAUACAGACAGAACCGACAGAGCUGAGCACUGAUCCAGAACCAGAUCCAGAGGAGGAGAGUGAGGAGGUUCACGCCGUCAGAGUUCCAACAGGCCUGAACACCAAACAGGAGAGUGACGUGAGUCGGUCGAUGUCACCGGAGAUCAACAGGCCUGGACACUGAGCAGUAAAUGAAGAUGGCCGUCAGGCACAACGAUUGACGGCCGUAUCCUGUCGUGACUCAGCAGAAGACGACAACUGAACGCCACAUCUUGGGCGACUCACGACAUCCUGCGAAAAACCGACUGUGUCAACAUUUCAUUGCCUUCUCAUACAUGAUGGAGCGGUGGUGGGCGUGGCAGUUUGCCCUGGUCGCCCUGGCAACCGUUUACCUCAGCCCCUCGCUGGGCCAGAACGCAGAGUUCCAGUCCGACACGCUGAUCAACAACGUGGUGGCCGACCCUCAUACGGGCCGGCUGUACAUCGGCGCCGUCAACGCCCUCUACCAGCUGAACCCUGACCUCGGGGUCGAGUCCCGCACCGAGACGGGCCCCAAACGGGACAACCGACAGUGCACGCCGCCCGUCACGGACGCCUGCGACAACGCCGUGGACACCGACAACCACAACAAGCUGCUGCUGGUCCACGGGGGCAAGGACGUCCUGGUGGUCUGCGGCAGCGUCUACAGAGGGAUCUGCUCCCUGAGGAACCUGAGCAACGUGGAGCAGCUGCUGUACUUCAGCGACACCAAAGGAGAGAAGUCGUACGUGGCGAGCGCCGAGGAGAGCGUCUCUGUGGUGGGAGUGAUGUCAUACUUCACCAAGGACAGAGACAACUUCACAGUGUUCCUGGUCGGUAAGGGCUACGGCAACCACGACAGCACCAAGCUGAUCUCCACCCGGAUCCUCCAGGACUACGGCGACUGGGUGGUGUUCGACAGCAUCAUCGAGGCCUCGGCGGUCCAGGCCAACCCCUUCCUGCUGCGGUACCUCCACGACUUCCGCUUCGCCUUCAAGGACGGUGGCUUCGUGUACUUCCUGUUCUCGCGGACGCUGGGGUUCCAGGACACCAAGAACUACACCUUCAUCUCCAGGAUGUGCGAGGACGAUCAGGGUUACUACUCCUACACCGAGCUGCAGCUCAACUGCAGCAGCACCAACAAGUACAACAAGGCUCAGGCUGCUUAUGUGGCGACGCCGGGUGAAGUUCUGGCUCAGAGUUUGAAAAAAUCGGGCGAGUACGGAGACGUUUCAGCGUCUGACAAAGUGCUGUUUGUCACCUUCACUUCGGAUGAAGACCCGUCUACUUCCGCCAUGUGUAUGUACCCUCUGCGCUCCAUUAAUGAAAGGCUGGUGGAGAUAAUCGGAGCCUGUUACAGCAACAACGGCAUCAUUAACGAGAGAGCCGCCGUCUACUCGCCGUACUCGUCCAAGGCUGAAGAGCUGUGCAGCAGCAACAAUCAGAAUAACAUGGCCCUCAGAUACAAGUGCGGAGCCGAGUUCCUGCCCUCCCCUCUGGCCAGCAAGGCCGAGUACGCCCUAACGGCUCGGCACCCGUUGGUCGGUAAGGGUCACAUGACGGCGGUUGCCGUGGCGGUGGAGAUGGGGCACGCCGUGGCGUUCCUGGGCACCGCCACUGGAGAGGUGCUGAAGGUUCAUCUGUCGGCUCAUCCGGAGGUGUACGGCCGAGCGCCGGGCGACGUCACGGGAGACAAGGUCAACAAGAACCUCCUGUUCGAUACGAGCCUCCAACACCUGUACAUCACCACGGAGAAAAAGAUCAUCAAGGUUCCCGUCCAGGCCUGCCACCUGAAGACAGACUGCCAGUCCUGCGUCGCCAUGAAGGAUCCGUACUGUGGCUGGUGUGUCCUGGAGGGAAGGUGCACCAGGAAGCAGGAGUGCAGCCGGUCGUCCGAGGACAACACCUGGCUGUGGUCUCCCAACCAGCAGUGUGUGGAGAUCGAGUCCUUCAACCCGCCGAACCUCAGCUGCAAGAAGACUCAGCAGAUUGACAUCAACAUCCCCACCCACCCCAGACUGGGGCCGUCUGAUUCGCUGAUGUGCGUUUUCGGCAAUUUCACCAGCAACGCCGUGAUGGUCCCCGGCAGUCAGGGGCUGAUCACCUGUUCUUUGCCCGACCCUGCGGAGAUCCCGCCCACUCCCGACCGGCAGGACUUUGUGUCUGUCCCAGUCAAAGUGAUGGUGAACAAGAAAAUCAAGGUGACGUCCGGAGAGUAUCGCUUCUACAACUGUGCCGCUACAGUCAGGAAGAACCAAAACACACCGUGUAUCGCCUGUGUGACCAGCGAGUGGGGCUGUCAGUGGAACGCUCGGGAUCACAGCUGCAGCGACCGAGACGACGGCGUGGACGGAGAUCACAUCGUCAAACCGCAGAAGCCUGACAGUUGUCCUCAGUUCGAGGCCCCGGAGCCGCUGUUGAUCCCCGUCGGAUUUGAAAUCCCGAUCAACUUCCACGGCAGAAACCUGGAGAUCUACACGGGACGGAGGUUUACGAUGGGGACGGAGCUGAUGAAGCACACGGAGAGGGAGGUGUCUCAGGAGCAGGGGUCAAAGUUCAAGUUCACAGGUUAUGAGUUUGCCUACGACAAGCAGCAGGAGGUGAACGUAUCCUUCCAUAUCAAGGAAAAAGACACAGAGAGGAAGAUUGACAGCACCCUGACAGUGGUGCUGUAUAACUGCUCUGUGGGCAGAGAAGACUGCAGUCUGUGUAAACAUGCUGACUCCACCUAUCAGUGUGUUUGGUGCUCGGCCACUCGGACGUGUGUUUACCGGGAGCUGUGUCCGUCGCCUCAGCCGGCUCAGUGUCCCGACCCGGAGAUCACCGACAUCGUCCCUCGCUUCGGGCCUCUGAACGGUCGCAUCUCGGUGACCAUCAAAGGCUCCAACAUGGGAAUAAAGAAGGAAGACAUCAAGAAGAUCACGGUGGCCGGAGUGGACUGUGUUCACCAGGAGGACAGAUACUCCGUGUCCACCAGUGUGGUUUGUGAGAUCGGCCCGGCGAAACGAGCUCCCCCGUCGGACCUCCCGUUCGAGCCGACCCACAGCGGAGCCGUGGAGGUAGAAGUGGAGGGAGGGAGAAGAGGAACAUCGCAGGUCUUCUUCACCUACCGGGACCCCAAACCAAUGGCCGUCCACCCGGCGAAGGGUCCGGCAGCCGGCGGGACCAGGAUCACCAUCACAGGAGACGACCUGGACACUGCGACCAAAGACGACAUCGCCGUCACCGUGGGGGGGUUCCCCUGUGAAGUCCUGUCGUUUGGCAAACAGAUCACCUGUAAGACCGGGAAGUACCGCGGGCAGAAGGUGCCGUCUGACCUGCUGACGGUGCAGGUGAAGUACGGUAAAAACACCACCAAGGACGUGACGGCUGCUUUCCAGUACGCUGAAAACCCCAAAAUCACAGAUUAUAACCCCAAAGCCAGCUUCCUGUGUGGUGGUCGGAGGAUCGUGGUGAUGGGAAACGGUUUCGACCUGAUCCAGAGAGCCACGAUGAAAGUCCUGCCCGCCACCGACGAGUUCACACAGAACCCCACACCUGUAGAGUUCGUCCAGGAGGUUCUGAGUAAGAACGACACCGUCCUGCAGUUCGACUCGCCGUCUGCCAACGGCUCCGACAGCCAGUCGCUCCGGACGAUCCUCCAGCUGGACAACGUGAUGGAGGAGCUGAAGAGCUUCGACUACCACCCCGACCCCACCUUCAACCAGCUCAACAAGAACGUCAUCACCGAGGCCAGCAUCAUCAUCGUGACUGGUCGAGGUUUCUCCAAGGCGAUGACGGCUAAAGAGGCGAAGGCGUUCGUCGGAGACGCUUCCUGUCACGUGAACAUACUGCAGGAUGAUAAGUUGAUCCUCGACGCUCCUUCCUCGCAGCCCAGAGCCAGAUCCAAACGCCAGCGCAGAGACACGACCAACGACCUGCUGGAGCUCGUGGUGAAGUUUGGUCACGGCGAGUGGAAGGUUGGUUCAGUCUACUACGCCAGAAAAGACGACAUUCCUCUGGCCAUCAUCAUCCCGGCAGUCAUCGUACCGAUGCUGCUGUUCAUCGCCGUGUCUGUCUACUGCUACAGGAGGAAGAGUCAGCAGGCAGAGCGAGAGUACGAGAAGGUGAAACACCAGCUGGAGAAUCUGGAGGAAAGUGUUCGAGAUCGCUGCAAGAAGGAGUUCACAGAUCUGAUGAUUGAGAUGGAGGAUCACACCAGCGACCUGAGCGAGGCCCGGAUCCCCUUCCUGGACUACAAAACCUACACCGACAGAAACUUCUUCCUGCCCUCCAAGGACGGCGCCAACGACGCCAUGAUCACCAGAAAACUACAGAUCCCAGAAGCCCGGCGGGCCAUCGUGGCUCAGGCGCUGAACCAGUUCUCCAACCUGCUGAACAGUAAAACCUUCCUCAUCAACUUCAUCCGCACGCUGGAGAGCCGUCCGGACUUCAACGCCCGAGCUCGGGGUUAUUUCGCCUCGCUGCUGACGGUGGCGCUGCACGGAAAACUGGAGUAUUACACGGACAUCAUGCGGACGCUGCUGCUGGAGAUGAUGGACGAACACGUGCAGAGCAAAAACCCCAAACUGAUGCUGAGGAGGUCAGAGACGGUGGUGGAGCGGAUGCUUUGUAACUGGAUGUCCAUCUGUCUCUAUCAGUUCCUCAGGGACACGGCAGGUGAACCUUUAUACAAACUGUACAAAGCCUUGAAGCACCAGGUGGAGAAGGGGCCGGUGGACGCCAAGAUGAAGAAAGCCAAAUACACUCUGAACGACACGGGGCUGCUGGGAGACGACGUGGAGUACUCUGUGCUGACCCUGCAGGUGUUGGUGCACGGGGAGGGACCAGAUGUGACUCCGGUGAAGGUGUUGAACUGUGACACAAUCUCCCAGGUGAAAGAGAAGAUCAUCGACCAGGUGUACAGAAACCUGCCGUACUCACAGAGACCGAAGGUGGAGUGUGUUGCGCUGGAGUGGCGUCCCGGCUCCACGGGUCAGAUCCUGUCCGACCUGGACCUGACCUCCCAGAAGGAAGGACGCUGGAAGAGACUCAACACGCUGGCUCAUUACAACGUUCGGGACAACGCAACGUUGGUUCUGUCCAGAGUUUUGCACACGCAGUCCUUCCACCAGCACCAGGACAGCUACGAAGAGAAAAACUCUCUGCUGGAGGACGACAACACGUUCCACCUGGUGAGACCCGCAGACGAGAUCGAUGAGGUGAAGUCGAAGAGAGGCAGCAUGAAGGACAAGGCGAUGACCAAAGCCAUCACGGAGAUCUACCUGACCAGGCUGCUGUCUGUGAAGGGCACCUUGCAGCAGUUUGUGGACGAUUUCUUCCGCAGCGUGUUGUGUUCGGGCUCCGUCGUCCCGCCGGCCGUCAAAUACUUCUUUGACUUCCUGGACGAACAGGCGCUGAGACACGACAACGUGGACGAGGAGACGCUGCACAUCUGGAAGACUAACAGCUUGCCUUCGAGGUUUUGGGUGAACAUCCUGAGGAACCCUCACUUCAUCUUCGACGUCCACGUGACGGAGGUGGUGGACGCGUCGCUGCACGUCAUCUCUCAGACCUUCAUGGACGCCUGCACCAAGUCGGAGCACAAACUCAGCAGAGAGUCUCCGAGCAACAAGCUGCUCUAUGCAAAAGAGAUUUCAACGUACAAGAAGAUGGUGGAUGAUUAUUACAAGGGCAUCCGACAGAUGGUUCCAGUCAGCGACCAGGACAUGAAUACACACCUUGCUGAAGUGUCCAGGCAACACACGGACAAGCUGAACACCCAGGUGGCCUUACAUCAGCUGUACCAGUACGCCAGCAAGUACUACGAUGUGAUCAUCCAGUCGCUGGACGAGGACCCCGCAGCCCAGAGCAAACAGCUCACGCUCCGCCUGCAACAGAUCGCCGCCGCCCUGGAGAACAAGGUCACCGACCUCUGACCUCUGACCUCACGGAGGGGUCGAGGGGGCGGAGCUAACGGCUACUAAAACACAGGAUGUUGUUUUCCAUUUAAGGACUCAGAGGAGGAGGAUGAGCUCGCGGACUCUGCCGAAUGUUUUAUCCAUGUGAUGACUGAAGUGGGAGGGGCUAGUGGACCCACAGGAAGCUGUCGACCAUAUAUGGACAGAAAGGGGGAGGGGCUAUGGACAAAUGAAGUGUUAAAGUGGAAAGUGAAGCGCUGAUAUCUGCUACAGUUGUACGGCUUGUUUCCACUAAACAAAUACCGCGGAGGUAUGCAAAAUGACCGUUAAAUGGCUGCAGACGGUGAAAUCAAAGGGUUAUUUUUUUAAUCGUAGCUCGGGCGUUCGGUUUGUGUAAUCCUCGAGCCUGGCUGUUUCUGUGUUAGCUUCUCUACACCACAAAUUUUAUUUUAUUUUUUUCAUUUUAAGGAUGGAAGAAGAAAGUGCCACACAAGGAAUGAAGAGUGAAGAUGUUUUUUGGACUGUUGAAGUAACGAGACAUUACCAAAUAUUUUCUUUUUGAUACUCAGCCCUUUGGGUUGGACGUUGCGGCUGCUCCAGGACGCUCUGUGACCACUUUUUCCUCAUCGUACUUACAACGAAGUUUGUGAACUGUGGAUGUAAACACUGAUCUGAGGUCAGUUUUUCUGUCUGGUAACCAGGAAAUCUGACCUCGUCAGCAACGAGGCCUGAAAUGGGUGAUGUUUUACCUUGAAGCGAGCUCAAAUUAAAAAUAAUCAACCAAUGAAAACCCACUACGGUACACACCACUGGCCAAUCGAGGGUCUUGGUUUGUCUUGAUGACACGAUUAAGGGAGUGAAUUCAGGGUACGAAGUCCAAAAAUCAGUGAUAGACUUUUCUUGUAUCACGGCCAAAUGUUGUGUUUCAUAUCAGAUUAUAUGCGGUAUGUGUUUCUACGCCGAUGACUCAAUUUCAUCCUGUUCAGUUCGUUUAUUUUUCUUUGUACGCAGGCAUGAAGCAGCGGCUUUGUGUUUCCAUAUACAUGAGAUUCAUCUUUUUAAUGGACAGUGCCACUUUUUUUGUUCUUUCAUAAAGUGUUAAUCAGGGUCGUCCAUUAUGUCACAUCGUGUGCUGAAGUGUGUGUGUAUGAGUGUGUGUUCAGUAGUUACCGACGCAGAAGCCACUCUGUUUUUACUUUCUGUGAAAAAUCAUGACUGCCUAAUAAUCACGUGCUCUAAACAGCCAAACACAUUUAUCUUUUAAGUGUGAUUUGUUUUAGUUUUUUAAUCUGUGUAAUUUCACUUCACGUUCAUAUAUAACGCUGCAUUUUUUUUUUCUGCUUUUUAACUGCACACAUAAAGAGAGAAAUGACUUUAAGUGUCUUCUGAAGACGAGGUACCAGGGUCAUUUAAAAAGGCUGAAAAUAAAUGUAGAAUUAAGGUGAUUG